AUGGGAAGGGGUAAGAGGUGGAGAAUUCUAGAUGAGCUCAAAAUGAUGGGUUUGAUGGGAACAGAGAUGGAUGAAGAGCGACUCCAAUACUGCUACAAUUACAGUAUGAGAGUGGAAUCCAUAGGGCGUGAAAUAAAAGGAGCGUUAUGGAUUGGGAUGGUGAUCGGUACCGUUGACAGGAAAGAAUUUCAACAGGGCAGUAAAUGUUCUGUAUCGAGCGCCAGUAUGAUGUUUGGUUUCCAAGAUGCAACCUUACUAAGACAGAUGAAAGACGAACCACUUGGGGCUGCAUUACGUACCCAGUGGAAUCCGGCAGCAGCAGCAGCAGCAGCCGCAGCAGCAACGGUGGUGGACAGUUCGCCGGUAAGUGCCCAAUUAGCACGAGCUCAUUUCGAGAAGCAUCCACCCAAUAAUUUGCGCAAAAGCAAUUUCUUUCAUUUCGUCAUAGCAUUAUAUGAUCGGGCCGGGCAACCGGUAGAAAUCGAGAGGACACAAUUUGCAGAUUUUGUGGAAAAGGAGCGUGAAGUGGACGGACAGGAUACUCGGAAUGGUAUCCAUUAUCGGUUGUGGCUUGCAUAUGCUAACGGUUUACGCGCAGAGCAAGAUCUGUAUGUUCGUCUCGUUGACAGCGUUUCCAAGCAGGCUAUAGCUUACGAGGGACAAGAUAAGAAUCCUGAAAUGUGUCGCGUAUUGCUAACUCAUGAAGUAAUGUGCAGUCGUUGCUGUGAGAAGAAAAGUUGUGGCAAUCGUAAUGAGACACCCUCUGAUCCGGUUAUUAUUGACAGGUUCUUCUUGAAAUUCUUUCUCAAAUGUAAUCAGAAUUGUUUAAAGAAUGCUGGCAAUCCUCGCGACAUGAGAAGGUUCCAGGUGGUAUUGGGCACAACAGCACGCGUAGAUGGUCCUUUAUUAGCCAUAUCAGAUAAUAUGUUCGUUCACAAUAAUUCGAAACAUGGAAGGAGAGCAAAACGUGUCGAUCCAUCUGAAGAUAUAUCGGACUCCUCAGAUGUCGCGGUAACGUCGAAUCCAGUAAUUAAAGCAAUAUGUCCCAGUGAAGGUUGGACGCAAGGUGGUACAUCAAUUAUUAUCAUUGGUGAAAACUUCUUCGAGGGUCUGCAGGUUGCAUUUGGACCCACUACUGUUUGGAGCGAUUCUGUGCAAAUUAUAACACCACAUGCGAUGCGUGUGACAACACCGCCCCGUCAUAUGCCUGGUGUUGUUGAAGUGACAUUAACUUACAAAUCAAAGCAACUUAAUCAAGGGAAUCCUGGAAGAUUUGUAUAUAUCUCACUUUCGGAGCCGAGCAUAGACUUCGGUUUUCAAAGACUACAAAAAUUGCUGCCAAAAUAUCCAGGUGAUCCAGAAAGGUUACCCAAAGAGCUAAUAUUAAAAAGAGCUGCGGAAUUAGCAGAAGCACUUUAUAAUAGUCAGCAAUUUACUUUGCCACCACCACGAACACCCGUUGAUCCAUUAUCUCAUUAUGCCUCCGCAUAUACCGCUCAAUUUGAUACUAACAACGGCAAGUUUUUAAAUAUCUAA